AUGGAGUUGAAUCCCAUGCAAGUUGCCUUAAAUACUGUUAGGACAUUACGAUUGGAGCUAAUGCAGCUUAUUAUUGAAAUUGGCGAAGGAGUAAAAGAUGAUGGUUCACAAACUGAAUCAAAAGAUAAUCGUUAUAUGUAUUCUAUGAAUGAAAUGGUUGGAAAACUUGGACUUCAUAUGAGGGAUCUUGAACAAGUUGUUGGGUCCUUAUCUAGUCCUCCAGGUGCUAUGUUAUUAUAUAACACAUCAUUUUUAACUCAAGAAAGCACAUCCGAUCGACAAGCAUUGUACACUCCUCUAGUGUCUUCUCACAAAUGGCUUGAUAAAGUACAUAAAUUCAGUUCAAAUGCAGUACAAAUUUUAAGUCAGAAUUCAUUAAAAAAAUCAUAUUACAAUUCCAGUUCGAAUAAGAAAAAACGACAACAGUCAAGUUUGCAUAAUAUAUCACCACAAGCUGUUGAUGUACUUUUAACUAAUAUUGAUCGGAUGUUUCCUGAAAUGAGUAUUACAAUAACAAGGCCCUGUGCAUCAAAUGUUGUUCUAUUGGUUGGCUUAAGUAGAGUCUUACAAGCUAUUAUAUCAUUUAAAGGAGUUAUGAUUGAAUGGGUUAUUGUUAAAGGAUUUAAUGAACCUAUUAACCCUAACAGUUUGCAACAAGAGCUUUGGCAAGAAUCAAGAUAUUAUGUUUUUCGUAAGAUAACAGAUCAUGCUAAUGCAGCUAUGUUACAUUUCUCUUCACCAACAUUGCCAGAUCUUUCAGUUCGAUCAUUCAUGACUUGGCUCAAUAGUUAUUUGAUAUUAUUCAAUUCAGUAUGUAAAGCAUGUGGAAAUCGAUUACUUAAUGCAUACCCACCUACUUGGAGAGAUCUGAGAUCAUUAGAUACAUACCAUUAUGAAUGUAAACCAUAA